UUGUUUGCGCCAUUCUUCUGGGUUUCACGAGCUUGAUAGGAGGGGCGAGAAGCCGGUCUCUGCCAUUUUCGUUGGAAAAUCUACCGAAAAUAUGUCGAUGAUUUCGGCUCGUGUAACGGCCGCUGUGGCCAGAGCACUAACAAGACAGACUCCACAGGUCACAAAAGGAUGUUUAGGGGCAGCCUUCUCAUGCCAUAGAAACAUCUGUACAUCUAGACCCACACAUGCUGCAAGUGGAGGCACAGCCGAGGUGUCGUCCAUCCUGGAGGAACGCAUCAUGGGCUUCUCCCCCAAGGAGAACAUGGAGGAGACAGGGCGGGUGCUGUCCAUUGGUGACGGUAUCGCUCGCGUCUACGGCCUCCAGAACAUCCAGGCAGAGGAAAUGGUGGAAUUCUCCAGUGGGCUGAAGGGUAUGGCCUUGAACUUGGAGCCCGACAAUGUCGGUGUCGUGGUCUUUGGUAACGACAAGCUGAUCAAGGAAGGCGAUGUAGUCAAGAGGACAGGCGCCAUUGUGGAUGUGCCCAUCGGUAUGGAACUGCUGGGCAGAGUUGUGGAUGCCUUGGGAAUGCCCAUUGAUGGAAAGGGCCCAAUCAAAACCAACACCCGUGCCCGUGUGGGAGUCAAGGCGCCAGGCAUCAUCCCGCGUAUCUCUGUCAGGGAGCCCAUGCAGACUGGCAUCAAGGCUGUGGAUAGUCUGGUGCCCAUCGGCCGUGGCCAGAGAGAGUUGAUCAUUGGGGACAGGCAGACAGGCAAAACCGCUGUAGCCAUUGACACCAUUAUCAACCAGAAGCGCUUCAACGAAGGCCAGGAUGAGAAGGCCAAGCUGUAUUGCAUCUAUGUGGCUAUCGGACAGAAGAGAAGUACUGUGGCUCAGCUGGUCAAACGACUCACCGACGCAGACGCCAUGAAGUACACCAUCGUGGUCAGCGCCACUGCUUCCGAUGCUGCUCCCCUGCAGUACCUGGCACCCUACUCUGGCUGUGCCAUGGGUGAGUUCUUCAGAGACAACGGCAGACACGCACUCAUCAUGUACGACGAUCUCUCCAAACAGGCUGUAGCCUACCGUCAGAUGUCUCUACUACUGAGGCGUCCCCCAGGGCGCGAGGCCUACCCCGGCGAUGUCUUCUACCUCCACUCCCGUCUCCUAGAGCGUGCAGCUAAGAUGAACGAUGACUUCGGUGGUGGUUCCCUGACUGCCUUGCCUGUCAUUGAGACCCAGGCCGGUGAUGUGUCGGCUUACAUCCCGACUAAUGUCAUCUCUAUCACUGAUGGACAGAUCUUUUUGGAGACCGAGCUGUUCUACAAGGGCAUCCGCCCGGCCAUCAACGUGGGUCUGUCGGUCAGUCGCGUCGGGUCGGCCGCCCAGAUCAAGGCCAUGAAGCAGGUAGCUGGUACCAUGAAGCUGGAGUUGGCCCAGUACCGUGAGGUGGCAGCUUUCGCCCAGUUUGGCUCUGAUCUUGAUGCGGCCACCCAGAACCUGCUCAACAGAGGAGUGCGUCUGACGGAGCUGCUCAAGCAGGGACAGUAUGUCCCGAUGGCCGUCGAGGAGCAAGUGGCGGUCAUCUUCGCCGGUGUCCGCGGCCACCUGGACAAGGUGGACCCGGCCCACAUCACAAAGUUUGAGAAGGCCUUCCUGGUGCACAUCCAGACCAGCCAGCAGGAGAUCCUGAAGGACAUCCGCACCAAGGGCGCCAUCACACCGGAGACGGAGGAGAAACUCAAGGGCGUGGUCCUCAAGUUCCUGGAGACGUUCGAGCCAUGAAGAGUGUUCCCAGACCUAACCAUUCACUUAAAAAAAUCCUUAGCAAGUGCUUCAGAAUUUAUAUAAAGGUUUUCAAAGAAGAUUGUCUGGACGUUUUUUUUUUAGCUUUGAAUGAGAUUGAAUUUGAUUUUGCGGAAGACACCAGUGAUGUUCCAGCCAGGAGUGUGUAGCUCAUUCCACCCUCCAUUCACUUAGAAAUGACUAGAGUUUUGAACUGUGAUUACCUUGUGAAAUGAUAAAUAAAUUUGACCAUUCACACAUUACAUCCGCUCACCAAAGUUUGAAUUCAGAUGAAAUCAAAAUGCUAUGAGGCCUUUUUAGUUAUUUAUAAAAGCAUGACUUUUCGGCCUAGGUUUCUGGUAUAGCACAUAAAAAUGUUUUAACAUAUUUGGUUUCCAAUUUUCAGACUAAAACAUUUGUUGAAAUUUGGUCACCUUAAAAAGUAUUUGGAACUGGUUCCAAAAAUCUGGUACAAAAUUGGUUCAAGAAAAGUUACACAUGGAUUUCAGAGAAAAGAAUUGUUCGGAAAAAAAUGGACCAUUUUAAAAUUGAAGUGAUUAUCCAUUUCAACAAAAAUGGAAUAUAUCUGGUUUGUCAUUGGCUGGCUGUAAUAAAUAUUUUGUUGAGAAUUAAAA